CUCCCCGCCCUGCCAGCCGGCCAGGGGCUCCACGCGGGGCCGCGGCGGACAGCGCAGCCCUUUGCGCCGGCUCCACCCUGCCGGAGCUCGCUCCCUCCUGGCGCCUAGAGCGGAUGGCGGAAGCCGACAGGAGCCCUGGGAUGUCCCCGGACCAGCCAGCCUGCCAGGAGGCUGUGGCGGCGGAGGCUCUGGACCCCGAACCCGAGGUUCCCGGGCCACCGGUGCCUGCCCUGCGCUGGCUUCCCGGGGAUCCUAGUCCCCGUGGCCGCUCCCAGAGCGAUCUGUCGUCAGCCUCGAGCCGGGGCCGUCCGCUCAGAGUCCACAUCUCCGGCUCAGUUGAUGGACUAGACAAAGCCUCCAUAGCAAACUCAGAUGGCCCCCCAGCAGGUUCCCAGACACCUCCCUUCAAGAGAAAGGGGAAACUCUCCACCAUUGGGAAAAUCUUCAAGCCUUGGAAGUGGAGGAAAAAGAAGACCAGUGACAAAUUUAGAGAAACCUCAGCAGUGUUAGAGAGGAAGAUAUCCACCAGGCAAAGUAGAGAGGAGCUGAUAAGAAGGGGCCUGCUUAAGGACCUGCCUGAUCAAGAUGGAGAUGUAACAGUUAACUUUGAAAAUUCAAACGGGCACAUGAUACACAUCGGAGAGGAAGCUACCCAAGAGGAGAAUGUAGGGAAACCUGAAGAAGGGAGUGACUCUGUGUGUGAGAAAACACCACCUCGGGAGGAACAGGCAGAAGAGAAGACAGAGAACACUGAAAUCCACUCUGAACCACCGGCUGCUCCCGCUCUACCUCCUACAGCUCCUCCUAAACCUAAACCCAAACCUAAACCAAAAAAAUCUCCUGUGCCUCCCAAAGGGGCCACGGCUGGGGCCAGCCACAAAGGGGAUGAAGUGCCUCCUAAUAGAAAAAAUGUCAAGGCUCCCAGUAAGCAGGCCCCCAUCCCUCCACCCAAGCCAACAAGCCGGAACACAUCCCGGGAGGCUGCUGCAUCCAGAGCUGGUUCUUCUCACCCGAAGAAAGCGACCAGUUCCAAAGCGUCAGCCUCACCGUCCACUUCCUCCACCUCUUCUCGUCCCAGAGUACCCAAGGAGUCCCUGGCUGGCAAAGCAGGCCUAGUGGGGACCACAAGGGGCAAGAAAAAAAUUAGCAAGCAGCCGGUGGCGUCCCGACUGUCCCCCAACACAACCACUUCUGACUCGCCUAGUCUUAAGGGAGAGCUCUCAGACGCUGGGGUAGAGAGCCUCACGCCAGAGGAGACUGUUGCUGGAGCAGAGGAGCAGGCCACGGGCAAAUCCAAGGCGACCAUUGCUCUGCCGCCUGGCACAGCACCGCCAUCCCCACCUGCCCUUCUUCUGCCCCCUGAGGAUCAGUGCACUGUUGCCUUGGACACUCCCAUGGUCCUAGUCAGUGAUGGACCUACCCUGCCCAUCUCUGCCUUAGACACAAAUCAGCUCCUUUGGACUGAAGAACCGUCGAACAGAACCGCUCCGUACUCAAGCACUGGCUUAGGUGGGAGCAGAGAGCAGUCGAAAUGUUUUACAACCAAAGAUGAGCUGGGAAAGGCUGGACCUCAGUUGCUGACCCCUGGGCAGAUGGGAGACUCGUCAGAAUCCUUCAGUGCCCCAGAAGAUGAGGCCCCAAGAGAGUACCAAGCCAACGACUCUGACUCAGAUGGACCCAUCUUGUACACUGAUGAUGAUGAUGAUGAAGAUGAUGAUGAUGAUGACGAUGGCAGUGGAGAAAGUGCAUUGGCAAGUAAGAUAAGACGAAGGGAUACACUUGCCAUCAAACUUGGCAACAGACCGUCCAAGAAAGAACUGGAGGAUAAAAACAUCCUGCAGCGAACAUCUGAAGAAGAAAGGCAGGAGCUGCGACAACAGAUAGGAACCAAGCUGGUCAGGAGACUCAGCCAGAGGCCAACAACGGAAGAAUUAGAGCAAAGAAACAUCUUAAAACAAAAGAACGACGAAGAGGAGCAAGAAGCGAAAAUGGAGCUCAGACGGAGGCUCAGCCGGAAGCUCAGCCUAAGACCUACCGUGGCAGAGCUACAAGCCCGAAGGAUCCUGCGGUUCAAUGAGUAUGUAGAAGUGACAGAUUCCCCGGACUAUGACCGCCGAGCAGACAAGCCCUGGGCCAGGUUGACACCUGCAGACAAGGCAGCAAUAAGGAAAGAACUAAAUGAAUUUAAAAGCACAGAAAUGGAAGUUCAUGAAGAGAGUCGACAGUUUACAAGGUUUCAUCGUCCGUAAUGAAGCGUGGGACUGCUCAGAAAUAAAGACUGACUGCCCCUGGCAGAAGCCCUGCUUCCCGAGACCCUGCCAUUGCACUGAGAUUUGAAUGUGUAUGUUUCCGUUUCAUUGUGGGGAAGGAGCUGUACAACUCGGCUUUGGUUGAGAACGCUUCACCUCGACAGCCCAGAAGAGGCCAAGAAGCUGAGAGCCCAAUGCGGUGAGCCCGGCUGCCCACCAUGUGCACUGACGUCAGGGGCACCCUGGUUCUCUCAGCUGUCCUGCAGCAGGAACGUUAAUCAAAGAAGAUGAGCAGAAGACAAUCGCCAGUUCAACUGCCAGAAAGCCAAACGUGGGUUCACAAACAGUAGACAUUGGAAUUGCUGGGGGUCACCCCAAACAGGGUGAGAGCUAAGACUAAGAAAGAGAACUGUUUCAUUAUGUUAAUGAAGAGAAGAAGAAUGAAGAGAGGUAUAUUUUUGAAGUAGGCAUUUGGUAGCUGAGAACUUCCUAAGGAAUUUGGGAACCUACGCCACCAAUGUAGAUUCCUUAAAGACUUCAUUCUAGAACAUUCUUGUUUCACCAACAAUGGUUCUGUGUAGUACCAUUUUUUUUUAUGUUGUGCCAGUGAACCCAGUUGCCAGAAACAAAUAUGAGUGUUCAUUAAAUGCAAGAAGCUUCUGCCAGCUUUUCCCAAGCAUGCUUGCUCGCACAGUGUUGCAUGCCUUUCAGUAGUACAGCUAUCCACACAUUUUCUUAUAUUGCUUUCCUAAUGUAUAAGCGCUCUACAAGGGAAACAGGAAUAAGGUCAGAUGUAAUGUGACCCUGUAAAAUUGUUGCAAGCUUUAGAAAUAAAUCUUCUGCUCCCCUCUGUCUUAAUUAUCUCCAAAGUCAGGAAACCAUUCUUUAGCGAAAGACGAUGAUAUGGACGGUCAUGACACCCUUGAAACACUCAAUCCAGAGUUGCAGCUUAAGCGACAUACAAGUGUCUGCUGCUUUCUCCAAGUUCUGAGAGGGAGUUUUAAAAAACAUGCCAGGUAGUUUAAAAUGCUGCAUUAAGAAGAUUUUUUUUUUAAGUUAGAUUGCUGCUAUUUAAAAAAUAAAAUAAAACAACAAAAACCAAGCACAUGAAUUUAACAAAAAAUACCCUAAGGAUUAAAGGAAGCCAGAAGAGUCCUGGUUUAUGUAAAGGAAACCUUACCCUCUGUGAUGAAUGUGUGGAUCAUAUCCAUACACCCGGUAUUUACUCUCCAUGCCAGAGAAACAGUAUGAUAGUUGGAGCCAGUUUCCCCAGGAGCCUGUAAUCAGUCUUGUUUACAUUAAAAAGCUUUCAACCCUCAAACUGUUCUUCUCUGCGGUGUCAGAGCCCAGCCCAGAGCCCCAGAAGGGCUCACUUGGGAUGCUACCUUGAAUCUCACUGUCCCUUAACAACUGCUUUGGGCCCCUUGGAUUAAAAACAAACUUUAAAAGAAGAAGAAGAAAAGAAGAAGAAGAAGAAGAAGAAGAAGAAGAAGAA